AUGAGUAUUGAUGAAGAAAGUUUGCUCAAUAUUUACAAGAACAGAAUAAUCCAAAUUGAUACAACUCAAUUAAUGAUAGUUAAUUUCACUCAAUAUGUCUUCAGCAAUGAAAAAUACAUCAACAUUUUAUCUCGAGCAUUUAAGGAAGUAUUAGAAUACGAUACAAACUAUCUAAAGUAUUUAUAUAUGCUCAAUGAUAUACUUCAGAGAUCCAAAUCAGUAAAUCCAACAAUAUUUAAAGCAUUCUCUCCCGUUAUCGAGUAUGUAAUAAUUAAAAUAGCAAAGAGAAAGGAUAUUGGAGAAAUUGGUGAAGUUCUUCAAAUUAUAGAUCUAUUCCAAACUCGUAACAUUUUUUCACCUCAAUUUUGUGUCAGAUUACGUGUUCAAGCAUCAGUUAAUCAAGAAAUAUCCGAUGAACCAAGGAAAUUACGCGAGUUCUUAGCAACCUGUGAUCGUGCAGCAGAACUUGAAGAGGAAUAUAAACAAUUAGUCCAAGGUGAUGAUAAAGAGAAGAUCAGAAACAACUUGCUAGAACAAAAGAAGAAUCUUGAACUCAUGAACAGUUUCCAUUCUGAAAAUCUUCAAAAACAUAUGAAAAUGAAUAGCGCAUGCAAUACUUAUCUAGAGAAACUUAAUUCUGGAGAACGCUUCAGAAGAAUUCCAAGACAAGAUGAUGUAGUCAAUAUCUUGAUCUAA